UCGUUUUUGUGUCUAACCGUUGCAGGGGCAUGCAGACUCUUUUUUGUCGUCUGGCAGUUGAACUUGCUAGAGUAAAUCCGGUUGAACUUGUAAUAGUAAAUCCGGUGGAGUAAUGAUAUUUGGGAUGAGUCGACUCUUAAGAUCACGGAAACCAACUUGCAAUUGGCCUAUAUUAUGAAAACUGUUUAAAAAAUCUGCUCUGCGCCCUUCAUCACAAAUCCUGAUAGCCCGCCGAGUUAUAACAUUGACGAAACCAAAAUGAAUGACAACAACACAGAAGCCGAGAAAUCAUUAGGGGUCAAAAUAACAAUUGGUCUGUUACUUGGAACAAUCACGUUCAUUGUUAUCUUUGGAAACGUUCUUGUGUUAUUGUCACCAUUUUUUAGCAGGAAUCUUCUGAAGAAGCCAACGUACAUCUUUCUGAUUUCUCUUGCCAUUGCCGAUCUAUUAUUGGGCCUUCUUGUCCUACCUUUCAGUAGUAUAAUUACGGUAACUGGAACAUGGUUUUUUGGCCCUGUCGUAUGCAAUCUGUAUGUUUCUUCAGACGUUUGUUUUUCUACUUCAUCUAUACUGCAUUUGCUUGUUAUAACACUUGAUCGUUAUUACGCCGCGGCGUCUCCGUUUCACUACAAGACGAGAAUGAAGCAAAACUGCGCGCUUCUGAUAGUCAUCGUCGUCUGGUUUGUAUCUGUUAUGAUAUCAUUUCCGCCAAUUCAUACGGGACUCAAUACUGAUGACGGAAUUAUACAAAGCUACGACGACAGAUCCACGUGCAUAUUGGAAACAAAUAAAAUUUACAGUCUUGUUGAUGGAAUUGGUCUUUUCUUUAUUCCUUUGAUAAUAAUAUUUGUACUUUAUGUUCACCUUAUACUUAUAGUUAGGAAAAAGGGAGCUGUAGCAAGCAAGAAUUCGUAUAAAGAAAGACGCCUUGUUAUUACAAUAGCCGUGGUUCUCAGUGGGUUCGCUAUAUGCUGGGUUCCAUAUUUUACCAUAUUCACUGUUGGCGAACUAUUCCGCUGGGAGCCGAACCCAGUAGUUGCCGAUGUGGUACUAUGGCUCGGGUAUGUAAACAGUAGUAUUAACCCGAUUAUCUACGGAUUACUGAAUCAGAAGUUCCGUGAUGCCUUCCGCAAAAUGCUUUGUUUAACAUGUAAUAGGAAUGAAGCCUCUUCUACUUACAGCAUGUCAAGGACUUCGUAUUACACAACACAUGAACAAACGGCAAGUCGGUCAAAGAAAGGUUCUAAGACCAAAAAUGGAUGCACACUACCUAAGAAGCAUUUGUAUGAAGAGGCUAUCUCUUCGUCGCCAACAAAGGUUUGAAGAGAUGCAAUAAUUUAAAAUCAUACAAGCUCCUAAUGAUAAUGAAGAUACCUGUAGUUCCUAACAAUCAAACCUGCAGUUAAUAGUAUUUUCUUGAGGGCGCUUAUACUUCUGACGUUAUUGAAGACAUGUUAUAUAUAUAGUUACGUGUCAACAAAGCAAAACUAUAUCGUCCUACCGAACCAACCCCCUCCUGAUUUACUUCAUUAGAUAAAUUUAAGUACUCCUAAGUACUGAAGUCAGUUUCCAUAAAAUUGCAACACGCUUUUCCCCCACAGAUGUCAGCGACGCGAGUAGUUGAUCUGAUCAGUAAGCCUUUUGUCAGUAAGCGUUGGGAACAGUUACUCAUUUAUACGAACUAAUUUCAAAUUUGAUUUUUACGUCAAAUAUUACAUACAGCAACAUUCAAUAUGGUUAUUUUUAAUACAAUGUUUAGUUCUUGUUUGAAUUUGACUUAAUGGAUGAUGGAUUUCAUAUUUUAAAAUACUUAAAUUCUAUUAAAUCACAACUAGAGGAAAUGACUACAAAUGCAGACCGAAUUUUGCCGUUUUAGGUAGCUUGGGAAGUUUUUUAUGCAACUAAUAAGGCCUAAAUUAUUUUUCUUGUACACUUACGCCUUUAUUACAAUUACCGAAACGAUGCUUCAGAAUAAUGCAUUACCAAUAUGAAAGAAACAUUUUAGUUUAAGUUUGGAAAUAACAUGUUUUAUUUAUAUUCUCGUUACCGCCAUUUCCAUAAACAUCGUCUGCUUCUUAAUUCUCUAUCUCUUUUUAUUGAUUAGUAUGAUAGUGGUCUUUGUGUGGAAUCUGUUUUGACUCUACAAAUCACACUUGAUUAAUUUUUAUUUCAAAUUUCGGUCCACACUAUUUACAAAAGUAUCCCAAUAUGAAGUUACGUCUACUGCUGUUACAGUCUGGUACAAACUAGAACUAAUAAAUUAAAAACACUUCUAAUAAUUGAUGACCAAAGGGUGUAGUCGCGUUAGUCUGCUAUAAAACAACAAGAAAUGACGACAGAACUUUCGUCCACAGAGUGGGCUUUAUCAGAACAGUCUCCUGAACCUGAAAUCUACUGUGUGGACGAAAGCAGAGCCAAUAAAUUUUAAAUUUUACAGUUAGUUUCAAAAGUGUUGUUGUCAUUUCUUAUUGUUCUAAUAAUUGGUGUUAUUAUUUUUAAUAUUAAAUUAAUGACGUCACGAUUGACUAUUCAUGUAGAAUUUUACUAUUAUUGUUAUUAUUAUUAUUAUUAUUAUUAUUAUUUUGCAAAAUAUUCAUCAUUUAUGUUUGGUUGGUUUGUGAGAUCAAACAUGUUGGUUUUGAUGGAAAGAAAUGUUGAUACAUUAUUAUUACCAGUUGCCAGAGAAAUGAUAUUAAUAAAUUAGAUAAUAUUGGCAAUGAACCUUGUAAUUUAUAAUAAUAAAAAUAAUGUCUGUAAUAAUGUGGAGGAGGAGCAGGAGCAGGAGGAGGAUGCAAAAAUCCGUCUGGUAAUGGGCCAGGUGGUAACAAAUGUGUAGUAGUUGUAUAUACUGUUUAGUAUAUUAUAUUUGCCAUUAACUAUUAAAACUAUGUCAAUGAAAAUACGAAUGAUGGUUAAAAGCCAUAAGUUUGUUUUUUUUUUAUAUAAUAUUAUCAUGAUACAGUAUAUGUAUUUAUGAAGAUGUAAGGUAAAGUAUAACAUAUUUAUAAAGAUAAUAUUGACGCAAUAAUUUGUCGAUGAUUAGAUAGGCCUAUCAUUAUGCUUUGGAAAAGUGAAUCAUGUGAAAAUGAUGAUAUAAAUGUCAAAAAUUGUUGGUCUUCAACCACCAAUGUUGUAAAUAACAGUGGUGUAGAAUGGCGAAUUCUGUGUACGGUCAUGUUCUAGGCCUAUAUUUAUCAUGAUAUUAAAUUAUAAAUUUGUAUUGUUUGAAUUUAAUAUUCACUAUUGGAUAAUUAUAUAUCCAUAAUUGUUUAUUAUUUUUCCUCUUGCCCUUUAUUAAGCCUCCCUUUAAGAUUAAUGUGAUUUUUUUUUCUUUUGCUCCCCAGGAGCGCUUGAUUUCCAGCCUACAUUACAAAGAAUGGCUCUUUUAGCCUUAUUUUUGGGCGAUUUCCCGUUAAAUAAAUCUUGCCAAAAAAAAAGAAAAUGUUAGUCUAAUCACAGAUCCUAUAUACAAAUAUAAAUAUAUACAAAUAUAUAAAAAUUUAAAUGUUUAAUUUUGUAAAUAUAUGCCUCACCUAUGUAUUUAUGCUGUAUUAAAUUCAAGCUCUUUAGUUUUAAUAAGUUAAUCGUCUUUUGUAAUGUUGUUAUUAACCGUUAGCAUUUAGAGGCAUGGAUACAAGAUUCAAAUCUGUGGGUACACAUACACACAUAGGAUGCCUGUUGAAGAGGGGCUUAAUAUCAAAAUGGUUCUCGUAUUAAUGUUGUUUAAUUUUGUAAAUAUAUGCCUCACCAAUGUAAAACUGUAUUUAUGCUGUAUUAAACUCAAGCUCUUUAGUUUUAAUAAGUUAA